UAAAAUAGCUAUGCCCCAGCUGAGAAGUUCUGACCUUCAAGAAGAGUUUCUCUCCUUUUCUUCAUUCUCUCACUACCAUCUUUCACAAAGAAGGGGAUGAGACUCUUGUUUUUGUUUUGUAAAUAUUUUAUCCAUGUGAUCGACUUCUCUCUUCGCUAGACAAAUCUCUUUUUCUCUUUGGAGACACUCAAGCUUCCGCUUUGUUGGAUCAUCUUCGCAAUGCCGCAAUAAUUUUGGUUGUGUUUUAAAUAUACUUCAUCUAUACUCUCCAGUUUCAGUCCUGAUGUGUUUUUGAUUCGUCAUAACUAUCAGAUCCCAGUUGUUUUCUUGGAUUUUCAUAUUCUCCGAUGGAUAUCCUCAGUCAUCUUCUGCGAACACCAACCCCAAAUUCGAAAAUUCAAAAUCCCGCCUUCUAGAAACCCUAACGAGGGCUCGUCCAGCACGAUCUCCGCCGUCAAAAAACUUGAGAAACGUCUGCUCAAAUCGUCCCUCUACGUGACCUAAUUCUCCGGCUCUCAGAAAGAUUAUUGCUAAAUCGAAGAUUCUUUGAUAGCAGCACAGUCUUAUUAGGGAAAUGGAACGUUACAUGACCAGAAGAGAUACUCUUGUUAGAGAAACAGUUAAAAACGAAGAAGACAAAAAUGGAGAUGAUUGUGGUGAACUGGAUCUGCUCUACCUUGUACAUUCUGAUAUCUCAGCUCUUCUUCACCAGAUUGAUGAGCUUGUUGUGAAAGCCACAAAGCUCAAGACUUUGAGCAAACUAGGGACAACAGAAGUUGAGUCUUUCAGCUCUGUCUUGUCCGAUAUGCAUUCCUCACUAAAGCCAUGGUUUCCUCGGUUGCAAGAAGCAAUAUCAAGUUCUCAGUUGCUUCCCAAGGAUCAGGAAGAACAGUCUUUGAUGAGUGCAAGCAAAGAAGAAGAGUUGUGCGAUGCUGAGAGUCCUGAGCCUACUGGAUUUGAGCCCUUAGUCUCUCCUUCUCCUCUUGUGGCAUGGCGUGGUGGUGAUCACAACGCCGACAAGGGUAGACAGCUCUUUAUGUUGACACCACUACCCUUGGGCAAAUCUGAAUUCCUUAAAACUAAGCUGAAAUCCAAAAGGGUCUUUCCAAAUGCUGCUGCGAAUCAACCGCUUCAAUCUUCUAAAGAAACAAGUGAUGGUGUUUUAGUAGACGAGUCGAUGAAAACCACAGGACUUGGUAACGCUUUAGGCCAUGUCAUGGAUUUAUCUGAAAGUUUGGUAGAGUGUGAGCCAUUGCCUUCACCUGUCCUCAGGAGAAAUAUUCAGUCUGGGCUUCUAAAAACCCCUUGUUUGAAGAUGUCUCCUCAGAAAACUAGUACACUGUUUAAACCUCCUCAACAGGAGGCUUGUAAGUCCACCUGCUCUGAAUUGGGAGCUACCACUUUUAAUGGUUCACAGAGCUCUGAGUCGUCUGGUAUUGAUGAAACCGACGACCUCUAUUCCAAGUAUCCAGAGCUGAUGGGGUUAAAACAUGCUCCAAUUGCUAGAAAAACCGAUCUUGAAGCCUCUCCGGUUUGGUGGUUUUCACCUCCUAAAACAUCUGUUUUAUUGGAUCUACCUGUGAAUGAGAAGAAACCAGUUGAUAAAACAUCCUCGUUUGCUUUUACAAGCGUUAAACCAGAAGCAGCACACACAAAAGAGGGAAGCAUGUCAAUGGUGGUUGAGAGUACUCCACUGUUGAAAGAAGCAGAGAGUGCAAUGACGAAAAACAGACCAAGAGCAGGUGAGAGUACUCUAAAGAAAGAGCUGUGGACAAGAUUUGAAGAAGCAUCAAUGCAUGAAAACCGUUACAGCUCGAUGACGACAACAACGGUGAGAGGAAACAAAAAGAAAGGGUUUAUGGAAAUGUUAGAGGAAGUGUGUGGCAAUGAGGAAAUCCACGAGUUAAAUUGAUGGUUCAAAUCACUAUACCAGAUGUAACUCACAUCGUUUGUUUCUAAUUUUGUCAAUCGUACGAUUCAAUAUUUCUUUACCAUAUUGUGAAGUUAUAUAUGCUUCAAAUCCUCCCAAAUAUUUAAUAGAAUGCCUUCUAUUUUAUGUUUUGGUUGCUUUUAGAUCUUUAGGAUAAGUCUGUAUCGAAGAGGAAAAGGAAGAGAGUUGUCAUGUUGA